CAACAAUAUAGUUCUGGAAUGGGCUUCGAUGGACACAAUGCCACUCAGGAAAUUCCAGCACCACCUGCAGCCUCAAAGAUGGAGAAAGUAUUAUUAAGCAAAGACCAUCAUCAAAUCAUAUUUGAUUUGGAAACAUCUGGAAGGGGUAAUGAUGCUGAAAUCCUACAAAUUGCAGCAACAGAUGGUAAAGAUGAUUUCUCUAUUUAUGUCAAGCCUUGUCAUGUAAUAUCAGCAGAAGCAUCUGCUGUGAACAAACUCACCUUCCAAAGAGGAAUGCUGUUUUAUGAUGGGAAGCCAAUCACUGAUGUCCUUGCAAUUGAUGUGGCCCUGAAGAAAUUCAUUGAGUAG